CGCGCUGGCACUGAGCUAAACAUUGUAGUAAUCGAAAAGUGUUUCAAGUGACUGUUUAAGUGAAAACGCCCCAAGCCGCAACGCAAGGAAAAACGGGCAGCAAGGCACGGACAAGGGUUUUCUUCGCGCGAUGCAUUCCCGGUUCGGCCUCCUGCUGGCCGUCGCUGUCGCCCUGGGGGCAGCCGUCGGUUGCAGCAUGCUGAACAACGACAACGCGGAACAGCGCAGCGGGCUGCUCGCCGAUCCGGCCACCGCCAAGAAGGUGCCCGAGAUGUCGUCCCAAGAAGCGAUCACGGAGUGCAACCGAACGUUCAUCAUCACGACCGAGUACUGGAACGAGCUGAACGAAACCGGAAGCUUCCCGGACGAAACGGACCGGAUACCGCUGUGUUUUGUCCGAUGCUAUCUGAAGGCGCUCGGAAUCCUGACGGAGGACGAUAGAGUCAACAAGGAGCAAGCGCUGGCACUGAGCUGGGCCACCGCUGGCGAGACGAUCGACGAGUGUCUGGAUGAGAUGACCGGAACUACGUGCGAGAAAGCUUACUAUCUCACGCGCUGCGUUAUGACCCGAGCGCUGGUAGACGGCAGGAGCAAAGACAACAAAUAGGCCCGGCGCUGAUGAUGACAGCUUACAUCGCUCCUCGCACCCGCAUCGAUGCUAAUUGU